AUGGAUACCAGGCAUGUUGCCAAUGACUUCCCUCGCCUGCUCAACGUUAGCAACACGGGCAACUACCUCAAGGCAGCACUGGAGGACAUAGUCGCCAACUACGGGCCCCGCAAUGAAUACGCCGCAGACGUGCUCCACGGGCUGUGGAGUGGCCCAACUGGGAUGGCCUACCUCUUCCUCCACGUCUCCGUCGCGCACCCCAGACUCUUGGUAGGCGGCCAGCCUGCAAUCAGAUGGGCUGAAGAGUACGUCAGAGGUUCUCGAGGCGCCCUCAAGCUCUCCCCCAAGGACUGCGGAGUUGGAACCGAGAAACUGGCCUUCGAGGCUGUCCGCGCCAGCGUCUCCAAAGACCUAUCCCACGUCAGGGACUUCAUCUCGAACAUGUCCCUUGUUCUCUCGGGCGAGUAUCCCGACGAGAUCCUCUAUGGCCGCGCCGGGACACUGUACUUGUUGCGCAUGAUCCGGCACUGGGUGCCCAACAGCGCCCCGCUCGUCGAACGCGCCAUAGUCAUGGUGACUAGCAAGAUCAUGGAAAGCGGGCCCGACUGGAAAUGGCACGGGCAUCGGUAUGUGGGUGCCGUGCACGGGGACAUAGGCAUCAUCACCCAGCUUGUUCUCACGACGCCGCCCCUUGCGCCGCAUUUAGAGCGGGCCCUCGACAGGUUGCUCAACCUGCAACUCCCGGACGGGAACUGGCCGAGCUCGGAAAGACACACUGAUAAGAGCUUGGUCCAGUUCUGCCACGGGGCACCGGGAUUCAUCCUGUCGCUCCUGUCGCUCCGCCCAUACUUCCCGUCCUUGCAGGAUAGAAUUGACACGGCCAUUAAGAAGGGAAGGGACUGUGUCUGGAACGAGGGGCUUCUGCGAAAGGAGCCAAGCUUAUGUCAUGGGAUCUUGGGCAAUGCGCUGACGUUCCCCCCUGGGCCGCAGAGAGAUCACUUCCUGGCGCUUGCCACGCCCGAGAAGAUGGCCGAGAUGAAGAGGGCGGACGAGAGCUUGUUCGAGAGGGCUGACUAUGGGAGGGCGUAUUCGACUCUUACGAGCUACGGCCCGAGCGCGGCAUGGGCGUGGAUGCCAAGCUGUGCCUCGGCUGAGACCAUGCCUGAGUCAUUGCAGUUCCUGGAGGCCAUACGCAAUGUUGACUGGGCGUCAACCCCCAUCGGGCCCAUGGAUGGCUGGCCUGCGCGGUUGCAACAGAUGUUCAACCAGGUCUUGGCCGACAGCCGGCCAAUCGCCCUUUACUGGGGCCCAUCUUAUACGACGAUCUACAACGAGGCCUUCAGCAAGCUGUGCGGCUGCAAACAUCCCCACCUUCUGGGCCAGCCGGUCGACGAGGCAUGGCCGGAUGUAUGCGAGCGGCUAAAGGAGACAAUGUGCAGUUGCGCAUCCGCCCGGCGGCCGAGCCGGGAGCAGGAAUGGCGCUUCUUCGUCGAGAAGGAGUCGGACGACACCCAGGGUGCGCCGACGUGGCUCGAGGAGACCUACUUGAAGUGGUCCAUCACCCCGAUCACCGAGGGUGACGAGUGCCUGGGCUUCCUGCAUCCCGUGCUGGAGACAACCAGCACGCGCCUCUGGGAGAGGCGGACCAAGAUGCUGAUCGAGCUGGGCAAUGUACUAAUCACGGCGCGCGACACCAAGAGCUACUGGGCGAAGACCAUCGAAGAACUCGAGGCCGUGCAGCCGGAGCACGACAUCCCUCUCGUGAUUCUCUACAGCGUCAGCAACGACCCCGACGCUCUCACUCACGGCUCCAGAAAGUACGAGUCAUCAAAGAUCUGCUCAUUGGAAGGAUCACUGGGCGUCCCCGCCGGGCAUCCAAUCAUCCCGGAGAAGCUCGCGUUGCGGACAAGCGACGGAGGGCUGUCGCUCAUGUUUCGGGAGGCGUUGCGGGUGCAACAGCCCCUACUCGUGCAAACGAAGGACGGCAGCCUCCCCAGGGAAUUACUCGAAGACCUCGAAUGGAGAGGUUUUGGCGACCCGUGUAGGGCAGCAGUCAUCUGCCCGCUCCGGCCGACCAAGGAGGAGAACGUCAUGGGCCUGCUCCUCCUAGGUCUCAACCCUCGAAGGCCGUAUGAUAACAACUAUCAACAAUACGUCGCGCUUCUUAACCAGAAGCUCACGACCUCUCUGGCAUCGACUGUCCUGCUGGAGGAGGAGGCCAGGAGAGGGAGGAAUAUGGCGGAACAGGCUGCUUAUGAGCAAGCGAUGCUAAAACAGAAGCUGGACGCGCGGACGAAGGAGGCAACGGAAUCCGUGCAGAAGUUCGAGGUGGUAGCAGAGUUUAUUCCGGUUGGCAUGUGUUUCGGGGAUGUUCAGGGAAACAUCGACUAUGCCAACGCCGCCUGGUAUAGAAUUACAGGACGCCCGGCGGGAACAGAUAGGCUCCUAUCUUGCGUCGUGGAGGAAGACAAACCCAUCGUUGUCCGGGCAUAUGAGGAACUGCAGAGAACUCGGAACGUCAACUUUGAGUUCCGUGUCAAGAGGCAUGGCAACGGCAGCAGCCAGUGCUCGCCACGGACGCAGACUUCGCCAAGCUUUGAAAGGAAUAAUCUCGAUCUUCCCGCAUUGGACGACCAGGCAGAGCGCUAUGUCCUCGCCUCCGCCGAAGCGGAGCGUGCGGCCGACGGCAGUGUCGUCCGUGUUCUCACCUGCCUAACGGACGUUACAAUGCACAAGAAGACAGCGGAGGAGGCCAUCCGCCGGGCCCAACAGGCGGAGAAUUUUAGGCGGAUGGCGGAAUUCGCCACGGUCGGCAUGUACGAUAUGGACCUACAAGGCCGCUUGCUUGGAGCCAACAACGUCUUCCUCGAGAUGUGCGGGCUCGAGAAAGUGGACCUAGACGAUGUCGUGGUCAAGCCGUGGGAGACGUGUGUCUACGAAGAGGACUAUCCGUUGCUCCGGGAGAAACUGGAGGCCAUGGUCGCGGAAGGGAAAGUGCAGAACGUCGAAGUCCGUUUCAAGAUGCCAUGGACGGCCGAGGACAAGGCGGGACAUCGCGUCGUUGCCCCAAGGUGGGUGCAAGUGACCCUGCUGCCCGUGCGGAAUUCAGAGGGGGUAAUCGGGUCAUUCACCGGCUGCCUGGACGACGUAUCCCUCCAAAAAUGGCAGCUCGAGCGGGAGAAACAGCGCAAGGAAGACGCACUCGAAUCAAAACGGCAACAGGAGAACUUCAUCGACAUGACAUCGCACGAGAUGCGCAACCCCCUUAGCGCCAUCGUCCACUGCGCAGACGCCAUCACGGGCACCCUCUCCAAGGUCCAGGAACUCGUGAGGAUGCAACCUCUGGCGUCAGAUUCUAUCAUUUCAAAGAAGAUGAUGGAUCUCGCUACUGGUGAGAUAGCUACUGAGCACCGGGAAGCCAAAGAUGCGCUAGCCGAGGCAGAACAACUCAUCGACAACUGCAUCGAUAAUGCAGAGACGAUCGCCGCCUGCGCACAGCACCAAAGGCGCAUCGUAGACGACAUCUUGACCAUGUCCAAGCUUGGCUACAAGCUCGUCGCGCCGACGCCCACUACGGUCAACACCAUUGAGGUCGUCCAGGACGCCCUCAAGAUGUUUGAAAUCGAGGCCCGGCGGGUUGACAUCAAUCUCAGCAUGGAGGUCGACCGCUCCUAUCACGACAUGAAUCUCAAAUACCUCGACUUUGACCCCUCGCGGCUCAAGCAGGUCCUCAUCAAUCUGCUGACAAACGCGCUAAAGUUUACGACCAAAUCCGGCCCGACGCGCAACGUCUCGGUGAAGAUGAGCGCGAGCAGGACACGCCCCACGGAGGCGUCGAGCUCGGUCCAAUUCAUACCACGCUCCGAGGACCCGGAGGACUCGUGCGAAGGGGAGCUCAACGGCCAGCCUGCGCUGCGGGAGCGUGGAGAUCCCAUCUUCCUAAUGUUUGAAGUGAAGGACACGGGGCAGGGGCUGACCGAGGAGGAGAAAAAGUUACUCUUCCAACGCUUCGUCCAGGCCUCGAGCCGCACCCACGUCAAGUACGGCGGCUCGGGGCUGGGCCUGUUCAUCAGCCGUCGGCUUACGGAGCUGCAAAACGGGGCCAUCGGCGUUGCGAGCGUGCCCGGCGUGGGAAGCACCUUUGCCUUCUACAUCGAGUCCUACGUACCCACCAGCGCAUCCAUCGAGGAGGCAGAGGCCAGCGCCGCGGCGGCAGAAGAGCAAGCAGCGGCUACUACACCAUUCAGGGGGAGGAGGGAUGUGAAGGACAAAGAAGGCGUGACGACGGCAGUAACUGCCAUCCCGCCGCCAUCCCGACGAGGCACCGCCAGGCCCGGCGAGGCUCCAUGUCCGGAGAUCGAGGGGGUCCUCAUCGUCGAGGACAACCUCAUCAACCAGCAGAUCACGCGGCGCGGGCUCCUGGAGAGGAAGUUCAUCGUCGACGUGGCCAACCACGGAGUCGAGGCGCUCGACAAGCUACGGCUGACAGACCGCUUCGCCGGACCGCCGGAAGCGGACGACGCCGGAAGUGGUGCGACGCCAGCCAACGACGAGGCGGCGGCGGAUGGCGGGACGGGCAAGAAGUUCCCGCUCUCGCUUAUCCUCAUGGACAUCGAGAUGCCGAUCCAGGACGGGCUGACGUGCACCCGGCGGAUCCGGGAGCUGGAGGGCCAGGGCCGGAUCCGGGGCGGGAGGAUCCCGAUCAUCGCCGUGUCGGCGAACGCGAGGAUGGAACAGAUCCUCGAGGCCAGGGCGGCGGGCUGCGACGACGUGCUCGUCAAGCCGUACCGCAUGCCCGAGCUCAUCGAGAAGAUGAACGAUGUCGUUGCGAGGGUCGCCGUGCCGGCCGCGGACAGGCACCACAGGGCGGGCAUGGACGGCGUCGACAACGACAUGUGA